UAAUCAUUUAUUUUCAAAAGAAGGUUUGGUUUAGUUGACAAUCGACAAAAAAGUCGCUUUUAACCUGAAAAAAUAUAAAAACACUAUUGAUACACGAUUAAAUAAAAAAUUAAACAAUAAAUGUUUAUUAUAUAGAACUCAAGUUGAAAAAAAUGCUUAAAUUUUUAAAAAGCAUUGCAAUGUUAAGUUUGUUUCAAAGCGUAAACUCAAAUCAAGGCUUUAAAUUUAUAGAAAAAUUUGUAUUGGAUGUAAGUGAUUGGCAUGUAGUCUUAGAAUCUAUUAAAACGCCUCUUUAUUAUAAUCCAGUUGAUGAAGACUGGAAAAGAGAUAAAUGUAGUAGCUUGGGCUUUACUUAUAAAAAGACAAUCUCUAGACAGAUUUUUACCCCAUUUAUGAUUCCAGUCGAUAAAUUCUUUGAUGUACGUUCUAUGUAUAUAGUUUUGUCUGAAUUUAUAUGUGGAGACCAGACGUUAUCACAACGAUUUAUGAGGAAUAUUUUAGAAAAUCUUAAAAUCAAUCAAGAAAUUCAAAGUCUGUUUGAAACCAACCAACUUUUUGAACAAUUUAUUAAUGAAACUGUAUUAAUAAUAGAUCGUGACAAACCUAUCGAUGAAGAAUGCCCAAUUUGCUGUGAAAAUGCUGAUAUUACUUUAUGGGAUUGUAAUCAUCCUAUAUGUAAGAUAUGUUUUGAAAAGUGUCUAAUUAAGAGAAAAAAAACUUGUCCUCUCUGCAGAUCAGUUUACAAAAAUAUUACUAGCAACGAGGAAUAUUGUUUUGCCAUCUUUUCUUUUCUAAAACUAAUAUCGAAAGAAAUCAAGCAUAAUUUAGGUUGGAACAAAACAUAUUCCGACUCAUACACCCAAACAGAGGAAUAUCUUCCAGAGAAAGUACCUAUAGAUACGUCUGGAGAAUUAUCUUCUGGAGGACACGGUGAGAAUAUAUACCGAACGUUUCCUUAUAGAGAUAUGUCUUCCACGGUGUUCAAAAGAACACCAUCUCCAAGGAUCAAAGAACUUAUUGAAAAGUAUGACAACUUCUUCUAUGAUAAAGAUCUAAAUUCGUCGACGAAUGCCGUACACAACAGAAAUGUGUUGAUAAAAACAUUCGAUUUUGGAGAUCAAUGUGACCAAAAGAUUAAGAUUCAGAUUGAUACGAAAAAACCUAGAUCUAGUAUUUAUGAUAUAUACCGAACAUUGCCUUUUAGGGAUAUGUCUUUGUCUGUAUUCAAAACAACACCAUCUUCUAGGCUCAGCAAACUCAUUGAAAAGUUUGACAACUUCUUCUAUGUUAAAAGUUUAAAUUUGUCAACCAAUGCCGUACACAACAACGGUGUGUUGAAAAGUAAAUUUAGCUUUGAAGAUCAAUAUGACAAAAAGGAGGCACAUUUUAAUGUGCAGCCUAAUUAAGAAGUUAUCUUACAGCCCAUGAUUCAAUAUAAUUCGUUGUAAAAGAUCUAAAUGGACUGAUGAUUCACAUGAUAUCACAAAUCAAAGUAUUUGAUUAAUUGUUGGUCCUUUAUUCAAUUAUUUAAUUCUUUUAAAACUUUUUGUUUUCAAAUUUGUAUUUAUAUACUAUACUCAUUAUGUUAUUGUUAUAAUUUCUUUAACGUGGCGUUGUGCAUUUUUUAAUUAGUUA